AUGGCAUCAAACUUGGUCUCUCGCUUGCUACCUACCGGCAAUGGCUCGCCGUCAAUCUACGAGACACUUCGACAACACGACGAAAGCUCCGACGGCUCAGACAUCGAGCAAAGGGCCAGCAUGGCACUUGAUGAGGAGAAUUUGGGGAGCCCAUUCCAUGACUUCGAAGUCGAGGAUGCUCAGCUCAAUCGCAGCCAGGCUGCGGGCCGACGAUUCUCAAAAAACAACAGAAGGCAUAAACUGCAAGGGUCCCGAAUGAGGCGUCCGGGCAACCUUGAGGCGGAAGAUGCAGAUGAUGAAGUGCCAGCUUCGCUACUGACUGAAGGGGAGAAUCAAAAAUCAUCCCCUCGAGGAAUCAGUCAUCCAUUAUCACCGACGGGGAUUCCGAAUAAUCCGAUACCAAUCAGUGGACCUACCACCAAAGCCGCCAGGAAUCAGUGGGAGACAACACAGGCUAAUCAGCUACUUUAUCCGCGUGAGACAGCCCAAGUAACAGGCCUCUCAAGGCCGAGCACUGAGCUUCGAGGCCUCUCCCUGGCAGACCCCAAGCAAAAGGCGAUGUGGCGAUGGGCGAACGUGGAAAAUCUUGACAAUUUUCUUGCAGAAGUAUACGUCUAUUACCUUGGCAAUGGAUUCCUGUCAAUCAUGCUACAACGGUCACUGCAGAUGCUCACCUUUGCCUUCGUUGCCGGCUUCACGAUGUUUCUGGGCAACUGCAUCAAUUACGACAAGCUGCGACGCAGUGGUAACAUGAGUCAGGUUCUGGUACCCAAGUGCGCCAGUCACAUGUCGGGAGGAGCGAACUUAGCAACUUGGGUUUUGUCCUUUUUCUGGGUCUUAAAGCUAUUCCAGUACCUCUUAGACAUCCGACGACUGCGAAACCUGCAUAACUUCUAUAAGCACCUGCUUGGCAUAUCUGAUCUUGAAAUCCAAAGCAUCUCUUGGCAGGAGGUUGUCAGUCGCUUGAUGGUGCUUCGCGACGCGAAUCCAACCACAGCGACAGUCUUGCCCACAAAACAUAGACGAUUCCUCGGCAGCCAGUCAAAGCAGCGAAUGGACGCCCAUGAUAUUGCAAAUCGACUCAUGCGAAAAGAGAACUAUCUCAUUGCUCUUUUCAAUAAGGAUAUCCUGGAAUUAACGCUUCCCUUACCUCUUAUUGGCAAACGACAGCUAUUCUCACGUACUUUGGAGUGGAACAUCAAUCAAUGUGUUCUGGACUACGUUUUCAAUGAGCAUGGUCAGGUUCGCCCGUUGUUUUUGAAGGAAACUCAUAGGAAACGUUUGAGUGAUGGGCUGCGCCGACGAUUCAAGUUCGCUGGAACUCUCAAUAUACUUGUGGCGCCAUUCCUCGUUGCUUACUUCCUUGUUCACUAUUUUUUUUCGUAUUUCACCGAAUAUCAGAGAAAUCCAUCCCAAAUCGGUUCUCGGCAAUACACUCCUUUUGCCGAGUGGAAAUUCCGUGAGUUCAACGAGCUAUGGCAUUUGUUCCAGAGGCGAAUCAACAUGUCAUACCCGUUUGCCAGUCGAUAUAUCGACCAAUUUCCCAAAGACAAAACUGUUCAGAUCUCAAGGUUUGUGGCCUUCGUUGCCGGAGCGUUGGCAUCUGUUCUUGCGGUGGCGUCCGUCAUAGAUCCUGAGAUGUUCUUGAACUUCGAGAUCACCAAAGACCGCUCGGUUAUCUUUUAUCUCGGCGUCUUCGGCUCCAUAUGGGCUGUGGCACGGGGGAUCUUACCCGAAGAAAAUCUUGUGUAUGAACCCGAAUUCGCACUUCAGGAGGUCAUUGAAUUUACGCACUACAAGCCAGCGCACUGGGAAGGUCGACUUCAUAGCGAUCAGGUUCGCAAAGAGUUUGCUACACUCUACCAGCCGAAGCUCUUGAUUUUCCUUGAGGAGAUCCUGAGCAUGAUAUUCACCCCAUUUGUGCUCUGGUUUACCUUACCUGAUUGUAGUGACCGCAUAAUUGACUUCUUUCGAGAAUUCACGGUCCAUGUUGAUGGUCUUGGCUAUAUUUGCUCGUUUGCUGAGUUCAAUUUCAAGAAGCAUGGAAACGCCACGCAGAAUGUGCCACCUCCUUCGCAGAAGGCCCAGACAGGAUUUACAACUGGCGCCAAUGCACCCUUGCAAACUCUGCGGGAGGAUUAUUAUGCCACAAAGGAUCAGAAACUCGAGGCUUCAUAUUGGGGCUUUAUGAAUGACUAUGCUCGAAAUCCGAAGACGGAUAUUCGUUUUCCGUACGCCAGCACUCGGCGUCGUUUCAAUCCUCCGCCACCUUUCCCAGGACCAUUGUCACCUACCUUACCAAUAGGAGGCAAGAGCCAAGCUUUCACGGCUGCUCGUCAAGAUAAUUCUGACAGGUCGGCGGUAUGUCGUCGCCCAUCGCGCAAUGCAUUGGGCCAUGACUUAGCCACUGCUUCCACACCAAAGAGUGGAGCUGGUGUCGAGCUCGCGACUGGAGCCGCGAACGAAAUUACUUCUCCUCUUACGUCCAUUCUUCUAGACCCACAUCAUCAGCCCCCUGCUUCCGGUUACGGCCAAUCCUUUGCAAUUCCCCGGGGUCGUCGGAGAGAGUCCAAGCCUCAUCGUGUCCCCAAAGCCGCGGAGCUCGACGAGGACGAAGAGCAGGAACCAGGCGUGCAUGAAGGCCCUCAUCAAGACGUGGAGAUUUCAGGCGACGGGAACCUGGGCUCGUGGAAAAUGGAACAGGAUGAUGCGGGCAGUGAGGAAGAGGAGGAUGUCGACGCGGUUAUUGGUGAUAGGGGAGCUGGUGGAGUCCUCGGAAUGAUCAGGCAGUUUCAAAAAGCCCAAGUGGAGGGGAGGGCAGCAGCAUGA